CGCUUGAUCUCGCUUCAAAGCUCAGACACAGAGUACUCCUCCCAAGUGGGCGUUCCGUCUUACCAGUUGCCAUGGCAUCGAUAGGGAGUUUGAGUGUCUCCGACCUCAUCAACCACACCAUCCCCUAUCAAAUUACUGCCCUAUCUAUUGGUCUCUUGGUAGUUCUUAUCUUGCUUAUCGACCAUGCGGACAUUCUCCUGCGUUCCUGGCAUGUCAGGGGCCUCUACUGUGUUACUAGCCAGACCCUUUUCAAGACUCGGUUUAGGAAGAAGCUGAGUGGCGCCGAGUUAGAAAAUGCCCUUCAAUACGCAUACGAUAAUUAUACCAAGCAAGGGAAGCCGUUUGCAACCAAAGCAGACCUUGAAAGUUGGAUCAUACUCCUUCCGUCGAAAGCGAUGAAGGAAUGGUGUAAUUUGCCUUACAGCCAUUUGAACUUCACGAGAUAUCUCCAGGAUGUGGCUGCCAUGGGGUAUCAUACACAGGUAGAUUGCCAAACUCACCUUCGCACUGUCAUGGCGUACAAUCAGAAAAAACAUUUUGAAAUGAUUCAGCGAUAUAUGGCCGCGGACACCGAAGAGUUUCUCCCUUCAUUGUUAGGAAAUCCAAAUCACAAGGAGUGGACCGAUUUCAACUUAAUGGGGACGGUGUCUCCCCUCCUGAUGCUCUUUUCUACAUCUCUAGUCUUAGGGCCAAAAUUCUCCAGAGACCAAGAGCUCAUGGCACAGAUAACCUCCCACGUUAUGGGUAUUGAAGAAAUAUUGGGGGAAUUUGAUAAAUACCCAAGGAUUCUACGUCCUUUAGUAUGGGGAUUCUCCCCAGUAUGCCGAGCAUUCCGCUCCAAUGCUUCGAUACUAAAAGAAAAACUAAUCCCUGAGAUUCGGAGACGUGUAGCGUUACUCCGAUCAGGCGAAUCAGCAGCCGAUGAUCUAACCAUGUUGACCGUGUUUUUGAAGCAGGCAUUGAAAGACGGUCUUCUUACUAAAGAACAGUCUCCAAGUGAUGAUAUGCAGUUCGAAAGUUUGUCCAUGAAGUCUUUGUUCCACAUAUACGAAGUCUGGGGACCCAUUGUGCCGCUCCUAAUUGCUCUCCUAUCCAGGAUUAUGGACAGUCCAGAAUAUGUGGAAGAUCUAAGGGAAGAGGUUUCCGGGGCACUAGCUUCUGCCGAUGGAUGGGACUCUGACUUCCUAGCAAACACACCAAAGCUAGAAAGCUUCACUCGAGAGACACUGCGCUUGAACGUUGCAAUUUCUGUCAGUGUGUCUCGAGUGCUCCAUGCGCCGCUUAAGCUCAAAUCUGUGGACAUAGAUCUUCCAAAGGGAUCAUAUAUAGGGUUGCCGUGUAAAUUCAUGCAUACCGAUCCUGAGCUCUACCCUGAUCCUCUUACCUUUGACAGGUACCGGUUCUAUGAUAAAGCAUCGAACACAAGCACCGCACGGGCAACCACUGCCUCCGAGACCUUCCUCCCAUUUGGAUAUGGAGCUUCACUCUGCCCUGGAAGGUUCAUCGGCGUGAAGGCAGCUCAAGUUUUAUUUUCAAGGUUCCUGCUGGAAUAUGACGUGCAGUUCCUUUCCAAGGGUCAAAAGUUCGCGCCCAUGGUCCUUCUUGAGAAUACAUGGACCUAUCCUGAGAUGGAUGUCAUGGCGAAAGUCCGGAGACGCCAGCCCAAGUCUCCUUAA